GGCCGCAUGGGCGGUGAAGUACAUGCCGCCAAUCGACUGCUGUGCACCGCUGGAAGCCGGGCUUCCUCGGAGGAGAUGCUGCCGCCGGACGGACUCUGCGACCUGAUGUUCUACACGGACGUCGUGUGGCAAGACGGAGCGUUGCGCGGUGCCCAGAACAAGGAAAGCUGGGAAGCUUUUCAGGCUGCUGCCCAAGCAGCCACGAGAACCGGACAUGGACUGUCAGUCGACUAUGGAAGAGCCAACGACUUUUUCGGGAGCCUCACUACGCCUCUGGGUCGGCAGAAGCUCCGCGAGCUGUUCUUCAAGAACGUCGUCCACUACGGCAUAUUGAAAGCAGCGGGAACGGUGGCGCAACUCCUAGAAGAUAUGCAUGGAAAGCUAACACUGCUGAAGGCGCUGAAGCAGCUGCAAGAAAAGUUCAUGCUCGAGGCCCCAACGACGAAGCCGAGGUUGGACGUUGCUCUCGGCAUCAGAUUCACCACGUACGACAGCCCUGAGGACAGCAAGCAUCACUCCGCAGCGAUGACAGCUCUGUCAAACCACCUUCCAAUUACAGUUUUCAUUGUCCACACUCAUAUUGCAGACUGGGAAUCAGGUAGAUACCCCCUCAUAGGAACUUUGUGGAACCAUGGCCAGGAGGUAACCAACGCAGUCAGCGCGCCUUCUCUUUUUCACACUGCCAGAGAUUUAAACGCUGCCAGCAUUCCUCCGAGGACUUGGGUUAUGGCGUCGUUCACACUGAUGGUUGGAGAGUUCCAUAAGGUGAAGAUCUCCUCGAAGAACGUUCUAAGCGCGGGUUCCUUGGUGAUUAAGGACUUCUCGCAGCUUUGCAGCCGCAAGACCGGCGUGUCCGUCGUGAGCAAGGGUCUAGUGAAGCUGCACUCCCUUGGCUACAACCGGACAUAUGCCUAUGAUGAUGCUGAGACAAUGACAGCAAAGGCUGUGGCUUUCUUCAAGCUCUACCAACACGUGCGUCAGGGCUGGGCUGUGUUCGACACAGAAUUCGAGGACUACGAUGAUACUUGCGGCAACGGCACCUUCAGCAGGCUGAAGGCUUUCAAAGCGAAGCUUGGCACAUGAUCCCAGUGUUUACUACAUAAAAAAGGAGCACCA